AUGGCCAUGGCCGCGCCGCCGCCGCCCCGCUCUUGCGACACCUUCGUGGCGCUGCCGCCCGCCGCGGCGCGGGGCCGCGUGGUCUUCGGCAAGAACUCGGACCGGCCGGCGGACGAGGUGCAGGAGGUGCUGUACGUCCCCGCCGCCCGCCACCCGCCCGGCGCCGCGCUGCAGUGCACCUACGUGGAGGUGGAGCAGGUGGGCGAGACCCACGCCGUGGUGCUGAGCCGGCCCGCGUGGCUGUGGGGCGCCGAGAUGGGCGCCAACGAGCACGGCGUGUGCAUCGGCAACGAGGCCGUGUGGGGCCGCGAGGAGGUGGCCGCCGCCGAGGCGCUGCUCGGCAUGGACCUGGUGAGGCUUGGACUCGAGAGAGCGGACACAGCUGAAAAGGCCGUUACUGUCAUAGUCGAUUUGCUAGAGAAAUACGGACAGGGAGGAAACUGUAUGGAGAGCCAUAUGGCUUUCACAUACCAUAACAGCUUUCUGAUAGCCGACAGGAAGGAGGCCUGGGUACUGGAGACAUCGGGAAAGUACUGGGCAGCAGAAAAAGUGGAAGGUGGUGUACGGAAUAUUUCCAAUCAGCUCUCCAUCACAACCAAGAUUGACAGAGAACAUCCAGAACUGAGGGAAUAUGCAAAGAACAAAGGCUGGUGGGAUGGGGAAAAGGAAUUUGAUUUUGCUGCCACGUAUUCUUAUGUAAAUACUGCCAGAAUGACUACGUCCAGAGGCCGAUACUGUGAAGGCUAUAAACUUCUGAACAAACACAAAGGCUCUAUUAGUUCGGAAAUAAUGAUGGAAAUUCUUCGUGACAAAGAGAGUGGCAUUAAUAUGGAGGGUGGAUUCAUGACAACUGGAAGCAUGGUGUCCGUGCUGCCCCAGGAGCCCGGUCUCCCUUGUAUUCACUACUUCACAGGAACUCCAGACCCUGAGAGGUCUGUAUUUAAGCCUUUCAUUUUUGUGCCCAAUAUAACCCCAUUGUUAAAGACCAGCUCCCCUACAUUUGGCCUUGAUGAUCCGGUUAAGCAGCAACCACGUUUUCAGACUAAGCCAGAUCGAAGACACGAGCUCUACAAAAAACAUGAAAGUGCUGCUGUCGUUAUGGAAGGUGGCAAGGCAAAAGGUAAAAAGAUGCUGGAAGAGAUGCGGCAGCUGGAGAAACAGAAAAUCAGUGAAAUGGAAUCAAUCCUGCAAAACAGCUGUCUCGACACUAGCCAAGCUGCUAACCUUUUCCCACAGUGUGUGGAAGAAGAACUCAAACUAUAUAUAUAAAGCUAUUAUGUGAAUGCAGCAUAGUUCUGCUUUGCAAUUAGCUCUUCUAAUUAAGGGUACCUAUAGAUUAUAUGUUAUUUUUCAUCUACCAGUUACCAUGGAACAUGGGUGUCAGAGAUGUGCACUCAUGUUGGGGGCAAACGGUGGGAAGCAGUGCUCACAGGGCUCUGCAGAGGAGCCAAGCUACCUGACUGACGCACUUGGACAACAUGUGGCCCACUAGAAUCCCUUCCUUGGGUGAAAAACACCAGCCCUGACCUGGGCAGCUCCCUUCCAGCUGUUAUGUGCUUGCGUAGCUUUUAUGAUGAUGAUGGUUGUAAGGACAGAAGAAUUUCAUAUUCUAGGAAUUAAAAUGGUAACGCUGGAUGACUUCCUAAAGUAUGGAACUUGCACCAAAUAAAGGGAAAGCGAUACGUAAUCACAGUUACAAAUCAGUGACUAUUGUAAAAUAACUUGUUAUGAAAUCUGAUGACAUAAAAUUCAGCAACUGAAGCGUCCUGCAUAUUACCACAGUUUACUUCCCACUUUCCCAUCUCCUUACCUUGCUCUCCCUUAAUCUGAAAUAUAUUUAUUUACAGGCAAUAUGACUAUUGUUAAAUUAAUUCUACAUUAUUAUUAAUAAAAUUAACACAUCAUUAUUGUAAUUCUACAAUCCCACUGGAUUGUUUUGAAAUAUCUCUUGAAUGAUUACAUUUUUAAAACUGAGGAGCAAGAAAGAAGAGGUCAGCAUACCCAGGGAUAUACAGUAUUCAUAUAUUCAGCGUAAAAUGCAAAAGGACUUAUAAACUUUACACUUAAUAUUCACGCUUUUAACUAGAGCUUAUCUUGCCAAGAAUGCUAGUCAAGGAGUUGAUUAAACACAGCUUUUUUUCUAGCCAGGAUUUCUUCCUUCCUGAUUGUGCACAGAAGUACUGGUCUGUCACACUGCUUCCCUAGCUAGACAGCCAAAGAUGCAUUUCUUCAUAGGCAUGUGAUGUUAAGAGAAUUAAGU